AAUGGAUAAUAUUAAGUAGACAAAAAAUACAGCCAGAAUUUGUCUUAUCUAGUAUUUAUUAAUUGUCAUAACAAUUAAUAAAUACUAAAUAAGACAAAAUAUGACUAUUUUUGGCUAAUUUUUUUUUGUUACCAAACAUUUUAGUAUUCAAAUAAGUUCCAACCCAUGCCCGCGUCGUUUCUUCCUCCAUUGGGGUUCCGUUCCUCUGAAACCCUAGUAAAGCCCUAGUUCACUUCUCAAGUUAUCUUGCAGGUUCAAAUUCGUCCACCCAAACAAUUCAAAUUCCUUCGUCAUUCCCCACAUUGCAGCCAUGGCGGAUCGCGAAGGUGCUGGCCUAAACCUGCACGCAAAGGUCACACACGACGCGAAGCUCAAAGAACUGCUCCACAGGAUCACCUCGCUGGAGAUAAAGCUAUGCUCCGACGCCACAAAAGAGUUCAUCAAGAUCCUUAAAUCCGAAGACGGAGGAUCGUUGCUGCGCGAGUACCUUCGCGGUUCACCGAAGUGUUCUGAGUUAUUGGGAGCAUGGAAGCUAAGGCAAGGAAAACAGGGAAUGCACUAUGUAUUGGACUUAAUUUCCACCAUCCUUAACCACCCUAUCGGAAAAUACAAUCAUGCUGACGUGGAAAGUGUGAGUGUUAGCAAAGAACUCGACAAGUUCGCGAGGUUGAUUUUUGCUGAGUAUAUAGGUGAUGUUUAUAAGGAGUUGAGUAGUAAGGAAGUGAAGCGCCAGAAGGCUGCACUUAUGCUCAUGGUUUCGGUGGUUCGGCGGGGACAUAGUUUGGCCUCUGAGGUUGCCAAGAAUUUCGAUUUUAAGCACCCGGAAUUCAAGCGAAUUGCGGAGCCUAAGAGGAGGAACAAUGACGAGAGGAGUGCCAAGAUUGGGGGGAGGUGGUUAUUAUUGAGAAAGUCGUUUGUUGGGUUCGCUAUGUCUUUUUUGGAGGUUGGGAAGCCUGGCCUACUCAGAUGGAUUCUGCAGCAGAGGGAGAUGUAUUAUGGCGUGCUUCGUGGAUUGGGAAACGACGAUGAUGAGACAGUUAUGUUUGUUUUGACGACCCUGCGGGACAGGGUUCUUGUGAAGGAGUCGUUGGUGCCACCGAGUCUGAGGAGUGUGUUGUUUGGGAGUGUGACGCUGGAUCAGCUGGUUGGUGUUUGUGGAAGGGAUGGUGGUGGUGAUUCUGCUAAGUUGGCGUAUGAGGUUCUUGUUAUGGUUUGUACUAAUCCGAUUAAUGGGUUGAUGCCGGACUUGGAAAGGCGUCCGAAUCCGUUGAAGGGUAAUCCGAAGAGGAUCAUGGGGUUCAUGAGAAAGCUGAGGGGGACUGAGAUUCAAUACCACAGAGAUUUGCUUUUGGCGAUUUCUAAUGCCAGAUUUUCUUUUGGCUUGUCAUAUUUGAAAGAGUUUCCAUACAACAUUGAAGAUGAUACAUCACCUUCAUGGAUAUAUGCAAUAUCUCUGGCAGCUGAUUUGGUUUCAUCAGUGGGGAAUGGCCUUUCCAAGGAACUGGUUGAUUGUCAAUCAAAGGAUCUGCAAUCAUUUGACAAAAUGGAUUUACACAGUACCGUGAAGUGUUUGUUUCCUCGUCCAUUCAGCAGGUCAAUUUUUAAUAAGGGAUUGCUUAGUACUAAACCUCAUGUGAAACAUGGCGCUCUAAGGCUUAUCCUGGAGUUAAUGAAAUUUCUAGAUUCUCUCUUUGGUGGUAUGAGCCGCAAUUCGAGUUUUAGAUAUAAAUUAUCACAAAAUAUGGGGUCUACCAAGCAGGAGAUUCAGAAUUAUGUUCAGGCAUUUCUUCCUGAUCCUCAAGUUUUAAUAUCUCUGAUUUACCCUUUAGAUUCCUGUUCAGAAGCACAAGAGUCAAGUUUGAAGAGAACUGCAUGUGAUCUUGAACAUGUCAGCAACAGCAGAAAGAAGUUAAAAAUGGAUACAUCAGAGAAUGACAUAGAUAUAGUUGUUGGUGGGAUUAGUACAGGUCCAGAUAUUGAUUUGGCCAGCGACAGUGGAGCAGUUGACAAUGAUGUAAAACCUGAUAUGUUGGACGAUGAAGAGGAUCUCAUGAAUAUUAUGGGGGAAAUUUGGAGUGUGGAUCUCUGUUCCAUGGGUGUCAGCACAUUGAGGGAUGCAGAAUCAUACUUAAAGUCUAAACUGCUUGAUGCUCUCAAAUACUAUCGCCGAACUUUGCCUUUCACUCUGGAUAAAUCUUUUGAGUCUUUCAAGGAUCUUCUCAAAAACCCAUUGGAGUUAACAAGUAAUCUGCAGGUCUCAUUGUUGUCUUUGCUAGCGGAAUAUAUUGAAUGGUGUCCGGAAAAUGAUAUUCCAAUAAGAACUCCUCCCAUGUUGUACAAAUAUCUCCAGCCGUUACUUAAGUUGUUAAUGUUUUCACCAGUCAAUGGUGCAAGGGAUCAGGCAUAUAGGCUGGCUAUGGCAGCUAUGUUUAGUACUGGUGCUUUUGACAGGAACCCUCAUGAAAUAGAAGCAUGGUUUUUAUAUUUACCAGGUUAUCACAAAACGAGAUCCCCCAUCAAUAUCCUGGAGGUAGAAGUAUUGCAGAGUUUGUGCUCAACUGUCAUAUCAUUCUUGUGUGAUGCUGUUUCUACAAUUGGGAAUAAUUUAUUCAAAUAUUGGAGUAUUCUUAAGAACUAUGUCGAUGGUUUGAAAGGUGGAAAAGAGUUAUCACCUGAUUUUAGCCCUUUGACUGUAUGUGUGCUGGAGAAAUGUCUGAGGGUGAUCAGAUCUAAAUCAGGAACCUAUUCGCUGCCUAAAAAAUCAUUGGUAUUAUCAUACACUUGCAAUACAGUCAAGUCUCUCUUGCAAACACAGGUCGAUGCUGAAUUGUUAUCUGCUUUAGUUACUGCAGACUUAAUGCAGAGACUUGAUGACAAUUAUGAAUAUGACGGAGCAUUUCCCAAGUGGAAGCCAAUGAAGAAUUUGUUGGAUUUUCUGGAGAGCAUAUCAUGCCAACAAAAUUGCUCACAUUUCUCUAAGAAUGAGGAAUCUGUGCCUCCUGAUGGCUCCUUAGGAAGUGCACUUGGUGAUUUAAAAGUAUUAUUAAGUAGCACUGCUAGCAAUGAGAUGGCUGAAACAUCCAUGGCUCUCCUAUCCUCCUUUAUUUGGGGAGGAAUUGAUGAUAAAUUGAUGAAUCUGCGAUCACAUGCACUCAUUUCACAUGACUUACUUGGAGUUCCUUUCUCACUUUUGUCAUCAGUAUUUCUUCUUGAUCCUAGUGUUAUUCUCCAUGCUUCCAAGCUGUGGCCUGUAAAGUUUGCUGUUGGCUUGGACAUGGCCAUAUCAGAUCUUGAUACUAAUAGUCAAAAUGCUCCUCCUGUUGAUACUUUUGAUCUUACUUUUCAUCCUGACUCCCUAACAUGCAACCAACUUUUGGAUUCUUCUGAAGCUGAUGUAACUGCAUUCAGUAUCUUUCUAAAACAGGCACCUUUCCAUGUGAUAUUUCCUGCAGUGAUGUGUAUGGAAGGCCCUGAUAUAUCAAAGGUAUCUAAAGUGAAAGACCUGCUUCUGCAUAAAUUAUCUAGGUCCAUGAGUGAUUCCUCCCUUCUUCACUCUCUGAGACUUGUGCUCUUCUGGACUCACCAGAUUCAGUUGUGUUAUAAAGUUAAUCCGUUAGCUGAAACUGAAUGGCAUUUGAAUCUAUGUGUCAUUCUUGUAAGGAAGAUACUAGCACAAUUGUUGGUUCCAGAAGGUUCUUUGGACUGCUCUACAAACUCUGCUUUUUGUUCUUCAAGCUAUAACAAUCAAGAAGUGAUUAAAAUAAUCUUUUGUCAUCCUUCUCUUUUGAUGUCAUUAUCCUCUCCAUUGGGAAGUAGUCACAACUUUACAAAUGUCACUGUAGGGAAUGGCUUUGAGGUGCUCAACGGAUUAUCCGGAGAGGAGUUUCACAAAUUUAGGAAUCCAAUUUUAAAUAUAUUGAGAAUGGCUCUAGACUACAUGUGGUCCUUAUGUAGUUCCCAACUUUGUGCAUCAGAAUCCCAAGAAGUUACCAAUAAUAUUGUGGAAGCCUUUAAAGGUCUUCAACACAAGCUAUUUGUAAUUGUUAGAGACAGAUUUGAGCUGUGUAUUUCUGCUAAAGAUAUGAUACCUCUCCUUCCAACAUCAUAUGCAUUGCAUUUUUGCAUUCGGUUUUUAUCUCCUUUUAAGCUCCUUGAAUUAGUAGACUGGAUAUUCAAAAGAGUCGAGGUGGAUGAUUUGCCAACUAAGAAAUCCUGUUUGUCUAUUGGAUGUUCCUUGGUUGCCGGUGCUUUUAAUACUUUGUCCAUUUAUUUUCAACAGCCAAUCAGGAACCGAGCACCCUAUGAUAACUUUUGGGAGAUAUCUGAAAAGAAUAUCAGAGCUGAUGUUUUCGAGCAGAUCUACAGCAGGGUAGUUGAAUUUUCUCUAAAUUAUGAAACAGAUUGUGCGGAUAAAUGCUUAGUUGAAGCUGUGAAUGCUUUGUAUAUGCAGAAACACAUGCAACAAGAAACAUUUCAUCCUUUGCUGUUGGUCAUGUGCAAAAUCGUAAUGGUUACUCCUGUGAGAAUGCUUUUUCAAUGUGUUCAGAAAACAAAUGCACAGAGAGCAAAAUUCCUGUAUAUCCUCACUGAAAUGAGCUCUGUUCACUCGUCAAUCUUUGGGCAUUUAUUUUUGGCUUUGGUGAAUAAGGGUUUAUAUCAUGAUAAUAUUGGAUUCGAGGGACAAGCCUCUGAUCUUACUCUUUCAGAGGAUCAGUUUUUGCUGCUUCUUCCUGCUGCUUUGUCUUAUUUGAGCCAAAGCUCUAAGAGAUUUGGGAGGUGCAAUCACAAAGAUCUUAAACAUUUACCAUACUUUUACUCCAAGAUUCUUUUGAAAGGUCUUAGUGAGUGGAACAAAUUUAUUUCAAAAGACAUAUUUGAGGAAGAAUAUGGAGAAUUCUUUCCAGCAUCUGUGCAACAACUACUGUGUCAUAUGGAUCAUAGUCUUCUUGGAAAAUCAAUCCAUAUGUUGCAGUACCACUUUGCUCUUAAUGGAGAUUCAAUGAAAUUGAAGAAGCGUCUAAAGCUGUUCAAAUCCAUUUGCCAACAUUCUGCUGCACGUGAUGAACUGAUGGACUGUGAUAGUCAAGUUAUUAAUAAUUAUUCAUUGAACCAGUCUCUCAACUUCAUUAAUCGUGUUGUUGCAAGGAUAUCAUUUUGCAAAUAUAUAAACUUGUUGGUGGAUAUUUGGCAGUCAAUUGUUAAGAAAACAUCUUUGCCUCCUAAUCAGGCUGGAGCUGGAAAAAGCACAAACAUUUUGUUGCUAUAUAAUCACUUGGAGGUCUUUGUGUUAGAAAAUAUUCUUGAGUUAACAGUAAAGAUGCAUGAUGGUCUUAUCCAGUUGCAGUCCAUUGCUUUCCUAGAGCAAUUAAUCAGACAUGCUUUUCUAUAUAGAUUUGGUGAUUUUACAACAAUGAAGACCCUCCGUCUUAUAUUAACUCAGCUUAAUGGGGGCAGCCUAUCAUGUGAUACAUAUCUUCAGUUGUUACUUGCCCACUCUCAGUUUGCCUCCACUCUUUAUUCAGUGUGCAAACCAGCAGGUUCCUUAUUCAAGCCAGUAUCCAGCAUUCUGAAAUGUCUUGUCAUCCCUUCUCAUGACCAUCGUGAAAAUGAUGAGAAGCUCACUGAGAAAUUGACUGAUCUUUCUACAGGACCAUUGGAAAUUGUUAGAUUGCUUCGGGUACUCUUAUGGAUGAGGGGUCAUCAAACUGAUAUAGAUUCUGGAAAUGAUAUUGGUAUAAAUAUAAAAGAAUUGCAUGCACUACUAUGUCAUUGUUAUGGUGCAACACUCAAUCAGAUUGAUUUGGAGAUAUAUAAUCUGAUUCAUGAAAUUGAGUCUAUGACUGGAUCACAGUCUUUGAACUUAUCUGAUGUGGAGUGCCUAUGGGGACUUGCUUCUUUGGACCCCAACAUGGGCCAUUCUCUUGAACAGUGUGCAUCUUCUAAUAUCAAGUUUGAUUCAGAACCAAUUGAAGUAUGCUCUGGAAGCCAAAAUAGAGAGAACAUUCCAAUUGAUCCUGACAUAUGCAUUUCAACAGUUCUCACUACCAGCAGGAAACAAUAUUGAACCAGAUACUUUUGGUAAACAGAUACAAUCUCCUCUUGUUGAAGUCGGACUACGUUAUGAUCCACGAUUUAUCUUGCGUUUCUCAAUUCAUAGCCUGUCACAGUCACGUAUAGAGCCUGUGGAGUUUGCUGGGUCAGGGUUGCUUGCAAUUGCAUUUGUUGGCAUGUCAUCAUCAGACCUUGGGAUAAGAAAAUUGGCUUAUGGUACUCUUGAUAAAUUUAAGAGUGCAUUAGAGAAGUGCCAAAAGAGGAAGGAUGUCAUGGGACUUCGGCUUCUAUUAAAUUCUAUUCAGAAUAGCAUAGAAGAGCCAUGGCAAAGAAUCCCUUCGUUUAUUGCGCUUUUCGCUGCUGAGGCAUCCUGCGUAUUGUUAGAUUCUUCACACGAUCAAUAUGCUGCUAUAAGUACAAUGUUGAUACACUCUUCUAAACUGAACAUGAGGGUUAUACCUUUGUUUGAUAACUUUUUUUGGAGUACAUCUAUAAAUUUCAAAGCUGAAAGGUGUUGGAUGCUUAGGCUACUUUAUGCUGGCCUGAACUCAGAUGAUGAUGCCAUCAUAUAUAUCAAGCACUCUAUCCUUGAGAGUCUAAUGAGCUUUUAUGUCUCUCCUCUUAUGGAUGUUGAGUCAAAGGACCUAAUCAUUGAGGUUAUAAAGAAGUCUGUUAGAUUUCAUAAGAUUGCUCGACAUCUAGUGAAACAAUGUUCUCUACUUUCAUGGUUUUCAUCUAUUAUCUCUGUUAAUAGGGAGAGGCUCAACGGAGAAGAAAAGAGAGUAUUCUUGAAGCAUGUGUCGGUAAUAUUGAAGGCUGUCAAUGAUGUCAUUUCAUUGGGAAGCAUCUCCAAGUGGCUGCAAAGUUAUGGCCUUGAGCAGCUUAUGGAGCUUUCGUCUAUUCUAUUGAAUUCCUUACUACAGGAUGUUACAUUUGCUAAUGAAACUUUAGGAUUUAUAAAUCCUUUUCUAAAAAUGAUAGCAUCAAUGUUUAAAUUAUCUCAGAAAAGGAAAAUAUAUCAGCCACAUUUUACACUAUCAAUUGAGGGCUUAUAUCAGAUAUAUCAGGCUGGUAGUACUGAAGCAACAAAAGGUAUUAAUCAGGAGGCUGCUUUGGAAGCCAUACUUAUGAAUGCACCUCCUAUCUCAAUCUUCCUUAUGAAACAGGAAAGGCUUGAAAGCUUUCUUAUUUGGGCAAUUACAACUGCUUUACAGUCUGAUUCCUCACGAAGGAUGAGAGCGAAUAAGUCUCACAUCUUUCACACAAAUAAUUACAGGGAAGAGUCUCACGAGCGUUCGUUACUGUCAAAAUUAUUACGUUGGUUAACAGCAUCAGUAAUCAUUGCGAAACUCUAUCAGAAACCCAAUGAUAUGGAUUCGGCAUUUGUUGAAACACAUGAUUUAAAUUCCCUUCAUUCUUUACUGGUACAAGCUGGAAAUGCCAAUGGACAAAGACAUGAUAUUGGAAUUGGCUGUGGGAAGUUACUGGCUUCUGUGAUUUUCUGUCUGCAACUUCUUCAUGACAUAGACCCUGAGGUGCUACCAUCAACUGUCUCCGCUCUCUGUCUUCUAACCUUUGGUGCUUCCAACUUUGCAGUUGGCAGAGGUGAUUUAUUGAAAGAAUACAGCACUUUGAUAUCAUCACACUGUUCAAGGGUGCGGUGCCCUCCUGAAGCUAAUCCAGCUUGGAGAUGGUCCUUUUACCAUCCAUGGAAGGAUUGUUCACCGGAGUUAACUGAUUCCCAGAAGAUGGAUGAAUAUCAUUCUUGUCUGACUUUGUUAGUGGUUGUCUCAAAUGUUCUUGGCGAAAAGAAAUUAGAGUUGGCGAGUUUCUCUCCAUUAGAUAUAGAGAGAUCUGGCUUAUUCCAAUGGGAAAAAAGUUUACUAGAAAAUUGAGUGCUAACCAAGAAUUUUAUCUUGUGUGGCAAUGUAGUGUUUGUGUUAGGUUUGAAAGAAUAAUGUUAUAUAUAUACAUCAUUUUUGAAGAUGUUUCUCAUCCGAGGAAAAAAGCAUGGAGAAAGUGUAUAUAUGAUGGCGCUCACUUCAGUUACCUGUAAUCAAGAUAUGUAUAGCAACGUGAGAAGCAUGAGUGACUGAGUGUAUCAUUUUUGUAACUUAUUUUAUUUUAUUUAAUUCUUUUAAAUUAAGAAUUACAAUUUUCUCAGCUCA